AGCUCCGCGGCUCCACCCUCAAACACUUGCGCAUAUGGCCAAUGUGUGCGGGUUAAUUUCUUCCCCUUCCACUUCCCUAAUGGACAGAACAUUAAUAAAAUACUACCACUGCAAUAAAUAUAUAUAUUGUUUUUCUGAUUGUUGCGAACGCAACGAACAUUCAUCUCGUUCAUUCAAGAUCGAACAUCUUGAACAGGAAUCAGGUUCGUUACAUUGUCCUGUUUGUUUUGGGCGAUUGAAGUUUAACCUUCUCGAAGCACCUGUAAGUAUUCCCUGUCCAUUUACAAAUGGCCACAAUGUUCCAUGCGCGUUCAAUAUAGGAUCCAUGCACGGACCCUUGCACAUCAGCGAAGAUGAUGACUCUGAGCUGCAUAUUGGGAUAACAGACUCUAAAGGUCUGGUAUAUAACUACACAUUGGCAGGGAUUAGACGGGAUGACUGUGGAUGGGAGCAGUGCAUCAGCGUGCCACUGGUCCAGCCUGACAGGAACAGCCUGAAGGAGCAGUGGCACAGGGAACUAGAGCAGUUCUCCUCAACGGACUCCUGGACAUCACAGAGAUUUUGUGAAGAGAGAGAAUUUGGCUCCAGAUGCUAUGGUUUUGCCCUCUCCUUUAUAAACCACAUGCGAGCCAUUGAGGGUCAACGGCUUCUUACAAGAGAUGAAUUCACAGGAAAAUUUGUCCUUCCAAGAAUUAAGAUGGCAUCCAAAUAUAUAAAAACCUACCAAGAGGUUUCAAAGCAUGGCUUUUAUGUAGCAGACACAUGCAGAAAUGAGAAGCUAUGAGUUUGUGUGGCAGUGGAAUGCAAUGAUUGGGGAAAUGGGCUUGGAACCUAGAAGUUACAGGUUUAACUCCCAGGUACAGUAGGGCUGGGCACUGUACCCUUGGAGUAAGGUACAUAACCAGAAGUGCUUCAGUGUAUGUCCAACUGUAUAAAAUAAUAUUAUGGAAUUUUCAAUGGAUAAGAGCAUCUGGCAGUAAAAUGUAAUAAUGUCUAUUUUGUUAUUAAUAAGUAAUGACUGCCUCAAAACUCAACAGAAUAUCAACAGAAUAUCCAUGUGCUCUUAAAAUGGUACACAUUAUAAACAUCUCAUAGCAAGUUUGUGUCUGCUAAAAAUUGGAAUUGCCUUCUCUAAAAUCUCUGUGAAAUGGAAA